AUGGCUGAAACGGUAACGGAUGCACCCACGGAACCAGCCCUUUCGGAGAUAAAUCUGCAUGAGAACAGUGGCAACAUCGUCGGCACCACCACGAACACCACUAACGACCCGGAAUUGCUGUCCGAAGAGGUGAAAGUGCCCGGCAGCAUUCAUACCCCGGCGGAAGGAUUCAUCUGCGGCGUUGUGGAAGGAUUCUACGGUCGGCCAUGGACAACGGAACAGCGUAAGGAUCUUUUCCGAAAGUUGAAGCAGUGGGGAAUGGAUUCGUACAUUUAUGCCCCGAAGGACGAUUACAAGCAUCGGGCGUACUGGCGUGAACUGUACACCGUAGAAGAGGCGGAUCAUCUGACCGGUCUGAUAACGGCGGCCCACGAACAAGGCAUCAAUUUUUACUACGCUCUUUCACCCGGUCUCGACAUAACGUACAGCAGUGCGAAGGAGGUUAGCGUCCUGAAGCGAAAGCUCGACCAAGUAUCGCAGUUCGGGUGCAAAGCGUUUGCGCUACUGUUUGAUGAUAUCGAACCGGACAUGUCGAAACCGGACAAGGAAGUGUUUCAAAGCUUCGCUCACGCACAGGUAUCGGUCACGAAUGAAAUUUUCAACCAUCUGAACUGUCCCCGGUUUAUCUUCUGCCCGACGGAGUAUUGCAGCUCACGUGCCUCGCCUACCGUCAAGCAGUCCGAGUAUCUGAACACGCUCGGUUCGAAACUGGUAAAAGCAAUCGACAUCCUGUGGACCGGACCGAAGGUAAUCUCUAAGGUGCUAACGAUCGAAUCUAUCGAGGAGAUCACGGAGGUGCUGAAAAGGCCACCGGUCAUAUGGGACAACCUGCACGCGAAUGAUUACGAUCAGAAGCGGGUAUUCCUGGGACCGUACAGUGGGCGGUCACCGGAGCUGAUACCGCUGCUGCGGGGCGUCGUAACGAAUCCGAACUGUGAGUUUCACGCUAACACAAUCGCCAUUCAGACGUUGGCAUUCUGGAGCAAGUGUAGUGCGGAUACGAAGAUUGCCAGUUCACUUUCGCCCGACAUUAAGCUCGAGACUGAGAAUGAACAGGGCAUCUGUGAGGGUGAUGCACCGGCGUUUCUGUCCGACAAUGUAUACCAUCCACGGUUGGCACUCAAGAAUGCGAUCGUUAACUGGUUGCCGGAGUUUUUCCAGGAAAAAGAAGCAUGGGGACCGAUCACCAAACCUCAACCGGCUGUGACAAUGGUGAUGCCCAUCAUUCCCAUCAUACCGUCGGUAAAUACCUGCAUGACCUUAACAUCGACUAGCACAACCACAACCACCACUGCCACGGUCCUUCCGAUGCCGGAGGUCAAUACUACCCAGCUGCAGCUGUUUGCCGACGUGUGCAGCACCGUGACGAAUGUGGCCGAAUCGCUACCCAAUCCCAUCAUGAACUCGCUGGUUUCUGCCACAAAGGUUGUCACCAAUGAAUCUCUGCCGAAUCCGGUGGCUGCUGCAGUGAACCACAUUGCCAUUCCACCGACGAUUCCUAUCUCCAGUAUUGCGGUACCGCUGUUAAACAUUAAACCGUUGGAAACCGAAGGAACUACCGGUUGUAGCAUACAGAUCGCCAGUGUAGAUAUGGAUAAAGCUAAUUCGAACGAAAGUUCCACCGUAGCGACCCCAUCUGGUACGGUUCCUCCUCUGGACGGCGAUGCGGUCAUACACGACGAAUCUACCGAACAACGGACAGUCCCAGAUGUUCAGUCGCAGACGAUUGCGGAAGAGGAUGGUGGAUCAGAGCAGGAAGAAAAGAUGCUGGAACUAGAUGAAAACGAGAUCAAAAUGGUUGAUGCAACUGAAGAGCCGGAUGAUAAGAUGACGGUAAGCGAUGAGCAGGUGCCAGUUAACCAGCAACCAGUGUUGGAUAAAAUGGUCGACGAAGACGAUGGUAAGACCGAUGUUGUAUUCAGUUCGGCUUGUCCCGCCACCGAGACCGGCACAUCUGUUGUGCCGGAACCGAUGGAAUGUGGCAGCAACUUAACCUCUCCCAGACAUCAGCUGAAAAGCCACUUCGAUGAUAUUGUGAUGUCGGAAACAACGUCGACUUGCUCCGGAACGAUGCAGGUUGAAAGUUCUGACACAUCGUUAGAAAUGGCCGAAGACAAAAACAGUUGCGAAAAACAGAUUACCGCUGUGGACAUAAUGUUGCUGUGUGAUCUUUUCUAUCUUCCCUUUGAGCAUGGUUCGAAAGCGUUACAACUGUUGAGUGAGUUUUACUGGCUUCGAAACAAUGCGUACGUGCUCUGUGCGCAGCGUACCAAUCGUGCUGGGAAGCAGCGUACAUCAAGCACUGCCAGUGGCAGCAGUCUUGGCGGCACGACUUCUACGGAGGGCUCUUCCGUACCUCUGACCGAAGAUAUAACAGAAACAUCCAACGGUCCAACGGUGGAUGGACGUGAUCUGACCAAGUGCGAUGCCCAGGAAUGGCUUCGACGUUCAGAAUCUUUUCAAAACCUAUGUCAAAGUAUUUUUCUAUUAACGAAAAAGAUAUCUCGCUGUGCAAACAAGGAGUUAUGCUACGAUCUCUUUUCGUACGUUUGGGACAUAGCCAGCGUGCUAUCGCUAUUAAGCGCUUUCGUGAAGUGGCUGUCGAUGGGGAAUUUUCCGCCCAAUAUCAAUUCCUUCAACCAAGGCGGUUACAAUUGGUUUAGCAAGGGAUGGAAGGAAACUUUCAUGUCCGGUGACCAGGAACCGUGGAUCUUUCGUGGUGGUUUGGUAGCCGAUCUGCAACGGCUGAUCCCGCUGGAUGCAGCGAAUGAUUUGUUUCUGUACAAAACGCCCGAAACGUCUUCCGUUCGUCUAUACUCGAUUCGCCCAUACACGUUCAGCGACGAGACCACACUGUACGAUAUCUGUCACAAAACGGCAAACGAUGGCGAUGUGCUAGAUGACCGUCCAACGCAGGGCACACUCGCGCAGCUGAUAGCCGAUCGAUAUCUGGGUCCGUUCCUAACGAUGGCACCCGAAUUUUGUAUGGUGAUCGAGGAUCACAACGAGCAGAUCGUCGGUUACGCGUGUGCAGCAUUGGAAACAAAAACGUUUAUCCGAAACAUGGAGCACUGUUGGAUACCGGAGAUGUGUUUAAAGUACCCUGUUGCACUUGCGGCGCCGGACCAAGUAGGCAAUAGUGUAGCCGAUCCUGGCGACAUUUCGCCAGCCACUGCGGGAAAAGCGUCACAGAUGGUGCGUGAUAGUAUUCACUAUUUUCAUAACUUUCAACACGAAUAUCCAGCCGCUGUGCUCGCCAAACAUCCGACGCUGAUGUGUUGCCGUAUUUUGAAGGAACAUUUCCUGGAGGAUGAGACUGUGUGCAAACGCGUCGUGACGGUACUGUUGGCGGCUUUACGCUGCUAUGGUACGUCGUUUGGUGUGCACGUGUGCAUCAAUAGGAACGAUCGGUUUCUGUAUCAAUUUUACGCGAAACUUGGUUUCAUAGAGAUACCGGCAACUGAGCCAGACACUAACCUGUACAUGGGGAGAAAUUUCUAA